CAGGCACAAAAAGAAGAGAUGAAUAGGAGGCAAGAGAACCACCUACCAUGACCAAGUGCGCUCUAAAUGUAGGACACACAUCCGAGUGGCACACAAACGCACCAUCGGGGGGCACAUUUGGAAGCAGACGUAGAAGAAGCAUGUUCGGACGUGCCUUAUCCCAUUACCAUCCUCCUCAACAUGCCACGGUGGAUCGUCACAAGGGGAAAGGAGGGUUGCUCCUCUUCAGCGUCUCGCGGAGCACAAGAGUGGCAGUAAAUUACAUCACAUCUUUCUCCGAUUAUCAAUGGUAGGCAUUGCGUAAUUGGCACCCCCCCUCGCACCUCCUCCUCUCUUUUUGUUUUUGUUUCUUUUUGGGGGGACGCUACCAAGACGCCACCUUUUUUUUUGUUUUGCAUUUGUGUGGCGAUGCCCUUUUCUCGGCUGAAAAAGGACUCCUUGCUGAAGCUGAGGAAGGAUGCGUGUGAGGCUUGAGGUGUGCUGCAUUCAGGGACAUCGGGUACUCGCGGCGGCAGCGGCGGCGGCGGCCAUACGAGAGGGCCUGAGAAGCACCGGGCCCCACCGCGGUUUGCUCCUUUUCCUCCCCCCUGCAGGAGCAUGCUUGCGUGAGGGAUGAGGCCGUGUACGAGCACUCCAGCGGGCCAGAGCUGCGGCCUACUUCUCACCACAGCCGGUGGCGACACUGCUGCAAGACCCGCGAACACACCGUCAACGUCAUAUCAGCAUCUUUGGUCAUCAGGUAGAUCCAGGAGCAUGAGCAGAACUUUGAGCUGCGGGAGCAGAUGUCUGGGUAUAAGCGCAUGCGGCGGCAGCACCAGAAGCAGCUGAUCGCCCUGGAGAACAGGCUGAAGGCCGAGAUGGAUGAGCACAGGCUUCGGCUGCAGAAGGAACUGGAGACGCAGGCCAACAACACUUACAUUGAGCUGGAGAGGCUGGCCAAACGGCACGCUACACAAACGGACAAGGAGAUGAAAUCGGUUGCCGCCGAGGAGAGGAGGAUCCAGCAACAGAUUGUUGCUCAGCAAAAGAAAGAGCUGACGUCUUUUUUGGACAACCAGAAGAAGGAGUACAGACUCUGCAAGGACAAGAUCAAAGAAGAGAUGAGCGAGGACCCUUGCACACCCAAGGAGGAGAAGCACGAGCGUCUGUCCAGGCACAAAGAAACAAUACAGCGCUCUCAGGCUGAGGAGGAAGCUCACCUGCUGGCCCAGCAGAGGCUUGUCUACGAGCGCAGCUGCCGGUCGCUCAAACGCCGCAGUCUGGUCAGGAAGCAUGAAUUUGAACAGGAGCAACUGCGAGAGGAGCUGAACAAGAAGAGGACCCAGAAGGAGAUGGAGCAUGCCCUGAUGAUCCGGCAGGACGAGGGCACCCAGGAUCUUGAGCACAGGCAGCUGCACAUGCUGCAAAAACUGCGCGUGGAACUCAUGCGCCUGCAGCACCAAACGGAGCUGGAGAACCAGGAGGAGUACAACAACCGGCGGCAGCAGGAACUACAGCGAAAACACACACUGGAACAGCGUCAGCAGCCCAGGAACAUGAAGACGUUGGAGAUGCAGAUCAAGAAACAGUUCCAGGACACGUGCAAGGUGCAGAACAAGCAGUACAAAGCUCUUCGUAACCAUCAGCUGGAGGUUUCACCCAAAGGUGAUCAUAAGGGCAUCCUGAAGGGGCUGAAGGAGGAGCAGACCCGCAAGCUGGCGGUGCUGGCUGAGCAGUACGAGCAGAGCAUCAAUGAGAUGAUGGCAUCACAAGCGAUGAGAUUGGACGCUGAGCAGGAAACGGAGUGUCAAGCUCUGAAGCAGCAGCUGAAGCAGGAGAUGGAGCUGUUGGACGCCUACCAGAUGAAGACCAAGUCACAGAUGGAGACCCAACAUGAGCGAGAGCAGCAGAAACUCGAACAGAAGGUCUCCAUACGCAGGGCCCACCUUGAGCAGAAGAUUGAAGAGGAACUGGCUGCGCUCCAGAAGGACCGUUCAGAAAGAAUCAAACACUUGUUGGAGCGUCAGGAGCGGGAGAUGCUAACGUUCGACAGCGAGAGCAGAAGCCUGGGAUUCGGAAGCCUGGGAUCUCUGGACUUCCCCAAAGACGACAACAGAUGAAACCGGACAACAUGGCGGCGCCCUUUUUUCACCACCAGUGUUGUUGUUGUUUGCUCGGAUAACUUUAUGCGCUUCUUUUCUCUCAGAUGUCUCGGGACGCAGGCGUGCAAUGAGACACUUCUUUUGUGACGACACAAGAAUCAACCGGCGAGGAUGGAUUAUAGAGAAUAUUCCGUCAACCCCCCCCCCCCCCCCCCCCCGCCCCGCCCCACCCCACCUCAUCCCCGUCACUCCUUUUUGGUAUGAAUUGAAUACUUCAGGAAAACAUUUUGGUAAAAUGGGCACUUUGAUAUGUUUAAAUAGAAACCCAUCAUGUUCAUAGUAAUGUGUGUGUGACAUGGAGGGACAAUGUGGAAUGUGAGCUGCGGACUAACCCCGCCCGCCCCCCUACCACCCCCACCGUGGUGUUUUUAUUAUUAUUAUUAUUAUUAUUAUUACUAAGCUACCCCUGAACCCUCCCCCACCCUUCUUUCUCUCCUUUCUUUUCCUUUACCGUGCAUUUAACCAUCAGAAUGUGAAUAUCACUGCAGGACUAAAGUCCAUCACAAUGAUUGAUUGGCCGACAUCUCCACUCGCUUCUUAUUGCAUGCACUUUAUUAAGGACACAUUCAGGUUGUGAAGUGACGCAUGAAUCUGUCAGAGAUCUUAGCUGUUUGUAAAUAAAGUGGUCAUAGCUUUCUUUUUGGUUACCUUACAAAAAAACACAAGCGCCAUGUUUAAUGUAUAUACUUAUAUAUACAUUGGUGUGGGAAAAGUGUCCUGAUUUCUUUUUUUUUUUUUUUUUUUUAAGCACGUUUGUCAGACUGAAAUGUUUCAGAUCAUCACGCACAUAUUGUUAGUGACAAAAAACUCCCAACUUACAUACAUGGCCUUCUGUGGAAAAGUGAUCGCUACCUAAAGCUAAUAUUCUUAGUAGCAUGGUUGGAAACACUUAAGUGUGACAAACGUGGAAAAAAAAAAAGUCAUCAGGAAGAUGAAAAACACUUUUUCACACCGCUGUAUCUUAGGGGUGUAACGGUACGCCAUCAUCAUAGUUCAGGUUCAUUAAAUGCUAAACAUAAAACAGUUUUAAUGUUUUUAAUUGACAAAACAGUAAAAGCAGCUCAUUCUCCAAUAAAUACAUUCAUUCAUUCAAUUCCAAAAACAUGCUAGGUUAAUUGGCAACUCCAAAUUGUCCGUAGGAAUGAAUGUGAGUGUGAAUGGUUGUUUGUCUAUAUGUGCCCUGUGAUUGGCUGGCCACCAGUCCAGGGUGUACCCCGCCUCUCGCCUGAAGACAGCUGGGAUAGGCUCCAGCACCCCCGCAACCCUCGUGAGGAAAAGCAGUAGAAAAUGAAUGAAUGAAUUCCAAUUUUAAUAUAAAUCAAAUAAAAUUAACAAUUUCAGGAAGUGAAAAUCUGAAUUAUUUGACUUUAAGGAAAUGAAAGUUCCUUAUUGGCCAAAGUGCAUUCCCAUUCCCCGUCUCUGCUCAACGAUGGUUGUUUCCGUAUUUCAGCCGGAAGGCCCUGUGCUCCCAAACAGGGACCUAUUAUUCUUUGUCCACUUUUCUGACCAAUAAAUAUUCCAAUGUAGUAUUCCCGUAUUUCAGAUAAUGAGGUGUGCACAUUUGAAAGCAAGUUUUUUUUCCACAUACACAGAUCUACAUAUCCGAAAGUCCUCAGGAGCGCUUUUAGGAAGGCCAGGCGUGGAGUAAAUUAAACAGACUAUUUGGGUUUGACGGAGGAAGUCCAUGUAAACACUGCAGAAAGAGGUGCAGAAUCUGGAAGAUCUAGAAAGUUAUUGAUGUGGCUGCUCUAUAGGAGUCCCUGGCGCAAUACAAAGUGUGAAAAAUGAUCAUAAUAGGUCCCCUUUAAUGGCUAGCCUUGACUCCUGAUUGGCUAGGCUGGGCUGCAUUGUACCAUGCCGUUACAUCCCUAAUAUACAGUAUAUACAAAUAUUAUAUAUACGUUCACGAAUGCCUUUCUUAAGCAGCUUUUCAGUUGCAUAUGUUUUGAUCCCCUCCUCCUCCUCCCUCACCCUAACACCCCCCCCCCCCCCCCCCCCAGGGUUUACCUCCCGGUUUUCAACUUGUGAACCAUGUAAUCAGCGUUCUUGUACAUGACAAAUGGUGAGAAUUGUGCUGUUUAACUUUUGAUAUGAAUAUUUGUAUACUUGACCAUAUGGCGACAACAUGCCGACACCAGUCCAUUUAACCGUGACCCAGCUUCAAAAACAACUCGGCAUUGUUGUUGUUGUUUUUUUUUUUUAAAGAUAGAAUAGUGAAACAGAUGAUAGCGUAACGUCCUGCUGUCUGAAAGAGCAAGACUGUCAGAUUGUAUCAGCACAGCAGACUGGAGUCCGGGAAGUUUUACAAAUUUUACAAAUAUUAUAAAUAAUACAAGUUGGGAUACUUCCAAUGGGAAUACAUGGGAAUUAAGACCCACAUGAGUUAUUUAUUCUACGCUAGUCAGAAUGUUUUACCAGUUACUAAGACCUGCUUGUGAAUUGAAAGUGGGUGAGAAAUUUCAAGUCAGUGUCUAUUAACAUCGCCAUCAUGUGUUAUUUUUGUCAGAAAAGUAACGCAGGGGGCGGCACGGUGAUCUAGUGGUUAACACGCAGACCUCACAGCUAGGAGACCAGGGUUCAAUUCCACUCUCGGCCACCUCUGUGUGGAGUUUGCAUGUUCUCCCCGUGCAUGCGUGGGUUUUCUCCGGGUACUCCGGUUUCCUCCCACAUUCCAAAAACAUGCUAGGUUAAUUGGAGACUCCAAAUUGUCCAUAGGUAUGAAUGUGAGUGUGAAUGGUUGUUUGUCUAUAUGUGCCCUGUGAUUGGCUGGCGACCAGUCCAGGGUUUACCCCGCCUCUCGCCCGAAGACAGCUGGGAUAGGCUCCAGCACCCUCCGCAAAUCUUGUGAGGAAAAGCAGUAGAAAAUGAAUGAAUGAAUGAAGUAACGCAGCUUCACUCAUUGGCUGGGAGAGGUCACAUGAUGUGCUAACAUAAUGAGCUGCUUGUUUAUUAGGAGAAUACUCAUAGACGGUUAUAUAUUCCCGUGAAUUUCCAAGGAAUGUUUCCAACUCUUUUGCAACCCCAGCAGUCACAUAAAAAAAGACAAAAAUCGUGUCCGUAUUUGAGUCCUUAGCGCCGAAUGGUCGGAUUGACAAUUUUUUGCCAUUAUGUUCAUUGAACAGGUUGCACAAUUUCCAUUUUUGACCAAAUGGAAGAAUAAUAGUUUGGUGCUUCAUUUCUUACUUAACACCACUUUUAGCCUUGUUGUUGUUUUUGCUUACGGGGAGAAUGCGUUGUUUGUUUGUUUUUUUAAGAAACAAUAUUGCUCCGUGACAAAUAUCCAACAUCCCCACGCAGUCAAAAGCCUCUAAAAUCGACUUUUUAAAAGCUGAUAUUUGUUUUGAAAUGUGGUGAUUUCAACUUGAAAUUUGCUUUGUUUUUAUUUCAAAGCCACAAAUUCUGGGUGUUUUUCUUGCAGGGUGGAAGAAUAAUAACAAUAAUAAUGUUUGACUGUAAUUUCCGAAGGCAAUAGAAACUCACUCCCAAGUGGAAUUUUUAAAGCCUUGUACAUUUUCCACAAGCUUUCUGAUGCUAAUGAUGCUAAUGUUCCUCGUAUGCAGUAAGGCCUUUUUUUUGUGUGUGUAUGUGUGUGUGCUCACGUUUGAUUCAAGCCUUGUGGACCGUCAACGGUUCUGACAAAAGUGCUAUGGGGCGCCUUCAGUGUCUUGAAAUUGAACACAAAUAAUAAUAACAAUAAAAAGGCUUGCUUGAGUGCUACACAAAAGAGUUCUGAACUUUACCAAUAGUGCGGGAUGAUGUGAGUUUAUAGAGAAAUGUAUUUAGUUAGAAUCUAAAGGGGACUUUCCUAAAACAACCCUCUUCUUCACCAUUUCCUGUGCGGCUCAAACACAAAAUAAAAAAGACUUUAUGUUGAAAACAGAAGCAUAUUGUCUUUGUGAUGCUGCACUUUUCACUCUUUUGUGGUUCAAUUUCCCUGUAAUGCCGGUUGCUCCUAUUGCAGUCUGGCGUCUCCUCAAUGACCUGUAGAUUAUUCAUGCAUGGAAAACUCACUGGACGCAACAUUAGGUACACAUGCAGAAGCUCAAGGGAUCAGUAAAAUAACAUUUA